AUGCAAUCACCAUCAACUCAACUCCUCCGCGCGCUGCGCACUUCGUUAGCGCACGCCCAGCGCACCAACCUCACUCGACUUCCCUCCUUCCCAUCAACAGCCUCAGCCUCACCAUGCCAAUCCAUCUCAUCCCCCAGCGUUAUCCUUCCCUCAACACGCCGCAACAAUAGCUCAGCAGUCCGACCAACACGCAUGAUCCCACGUUCUCACUCCCACAAGCCCACCAGCCACGACCGCGGCCCAGAGUCCAAAGAAGACACCCAGACAGACUUCAAUGCGCUGAAUGUCCUGGGCAACAUCCCCGCGCCUACGACUGCCAUCGAUGCAUGCCUCGACUCUGGAUUUCAUCUCAAUAAUGGCGUCAAAGUGAGCAACGGCGAUGGGGUGUUGCUCGUUGGUGGUGAGGCGUUUGCGUGGCGGCCGUGGAAGGCUGUUGAGGGCGCCGAGAAUGAUAAUACGGCGAGGGACACUAUGAUCAAUUCUAAGGGCCAAUUUGAGCUCGAUGAGUCUGUUUGGGGGUUGUUGAACCUUGUGUGGCCGAAACCUGAUAUGCUUAUUCUCGGCCUUGGUGGCUCGAUGUUCCCGCUUUCACCUGAAACUAAGCGCCAUAUCAACUCGUUGGGCAUUCGGGUCGAUAUCCUGGAUACUCGAAAUGCGGCCGCGCAGUUCAAUUUGCUCGCCACUGAGCGUGGUGUCACUGAAAUUGCUGCUGCCAUGAUUCCCAUCGGGUGGAAAGCUAGGCCUCUCUAG